GAACGCGGCCAUCUUGUUGUGUUUUGGGCCGAGCUGAAGCGGCAGCAGAGAGAGACGGAGCGCAGGCUAAUAAACGCAAACACCAACAAAGUACACACGGCAAGCAAACAAGUGCAGCAGACAGCAACAGCAAGACCGGGGCACAGCAGGUUGGACCCCGUGGUGUCCUGAGGAGCUCCAGGCGGAGGGCAGUCUCUCCGCGGCCCUUCUGUCCCCCGGAGCCCGGAAUGUGCGCUCGAUGUGGGGGAAGGCGCGCUGUACCGCUCCGCUGCUGCUCAUCGCGCUGCUGAGCGCCAUCAUCAUGGAGCCGCCGGGCACAGGUGGGCGGGUAGCUGUGGCACGGCUGCUCUCAGAGCAGCGCUGCAAUCCCGGGCAGUUCGCCUGUCGCAGUGGGAAGAUGCAGUGCAUUCCCCUGGCCUGGCAGUGUGACGGCUGGACUGCCUGCGAGGAUAAAAGUGACGAAUUGGAUUGUCCACCUAUGAAGGAGGCACGGUAUCGUUAUGGAAACAGCUUUGAGCAGGUGGAAGAUGUGAUGGGUGUGGCUCAGCCAGUACGCUUCAACAAGAAGUGUCCAAGCGGUUGGCAUCACUACGAGAAAACGGCGAGCUGUUAUAAAGUAUAUCUGCGGAAUGAGAACUACUGGCAGGCAGUGGAAACGUGUCAGAGAGUGAACGGCUCGCUUGCCACCUUCGUCACCAAUGAGGAGCUGCAGUUCAUCCUCAAGAUCGAGAUGGACUUUGACGAGAAAGUGUGUGAACGCAAAGACCAGUGCAAUUUUUGGGUGGGGUAUCAGUACGUCAUCACUAACCAGAGUCGCUCCCUGGAGGGCCGCUGGGAGGUGGCCUACAAAGGUUCUUUGCAGGUGUUCCUGCCCCCAGAGGGUUUGACCAGUUUUUCGGAGGUCAGCCCGACACAGGAGAGCGUGUUCUGCGCUCAGCUUCAGCGCUUCCAAAACAAAAACAUUAACGAGCACGGUCUGCACAGCUGGCACGCUGAGAACUGUUAUAAGAAGUUCCCCUUUCUCUGCAAGAGGAGGCAGACAUGCGUGGAUAUAAAAGAUAACGUGGUCAGUGAGGGUUACUACUUCACUCCUAAAGGAGAUGAUCCGUGUCUGAGCUGCACCUGCCAUGAUGGAGAGCCCGAGAUGUGUGUGGCUGCACUGUGUGACCGACCGCAGGGGUGCACACACUUCCGCAAAGACCCCAAAGAGUGCUGCAAAUUCACCUGUCUAGAUCCAGACGGCAGCAGCCUGUUCGACUCCAUGGCCAGUGGGAUGCGUCUGAUCGUCAGCUGCAUCUCGUCCUUCCUCAUCCUCUCCCUGCUGCUCUUCAUGGUGCACCGUCUGCGGCAGCGUCGGCGAGAGAGGAUUGAGACGCUGAUCGGAGGAAACCUGCAUCAUUUUAACCUGGGCCGGCGCGUGGCCGGGUUCGAUUAUGGUCCGGAUGCAUUUGGGACGGGCCUGACGCCGCUGCACCUCUCUGAUGAUGGAGAGGGCGGGGCUUUCCACUUCCAGGAGCCGCCACCCCCUUAUGCUGCGUACAAAUACCCCGACAUCCAGCACCCAGACGACCCACCCCCUCCGUAUGAGGCCUCAAUCAACCCUGACAGCAUCCUAUACGUGGACCUCGGCCGGACCGGGCUGAAUCUAUCUGCCACUCAGAUGGGAGGAGAAGGGGGCAGCCUCUGCAGAGCUCUCCAGGUGCCACCACCAGUACCUCCUCCACGACCAGACCACGUCCUGGAGGAGAGGGCGGAGUCUAUUGACAGCAAUACCCUGCUGGUGGCUCCAGACUCACCCACAGAGACACAUGACAUCACCCACAGCUCUGCCUGUGAUUCCUCCUGCCCCACCUCCCUCAGCACUGUGGUGUGAGGAGCAGGAAGGGGCGGGGCUUCUGGGGCGGAGCUUUUUAACAGUUCAAGAACAGUAUGAACGGACUGAGCGUGCUCACAAAGGAAACACUACAGACUCGAACACUAGAGCAUGAUGGGAUUGGGGGGGGGGGCAGGGAUUUUGAGCACAGGGGCUUUUCAGAGGUUUGGCCUCCAGCUUGCUAUGUAAAUACAGUCAGGUCUCCUUAGUUUACCAUUUUUUAUUGUUUUCGUCUGAGCAUGUGGCACUGGCGCCCCCUGCUGGAUCCUGAACAAAUUACAUUCUGAAGCUUGUUUCUACACCUGGAAUAUUUUUUUGCAGCUCUGACCAGACUGACCCAGACUGACCCAGACUGACCUGCCCAUUCAAACCCCGCUAAAGCUAACAUUGACCCAGCUAAGGCUAACACUGACCCUGCCUUCUGCUGCAUCUCCUGACCUUCACACUGUCUCCAUCCGUUCUCCUGGUCCUCCUACUGACCCUCCACCUGGGACAACCUGUUUCUGGAAAAGAGCCUCAACAUCUGCAUGCUACAUCUCUUUCUACAUUACAUCCACCUCAGGUGAAGAGCACAGUGGAAUUGUGAGCGCUCUGGAGCUUUAUGACUUUGGAUUUUUGGCUGUGGAGGUCUGGAGAGUUCUAGAGCUUUGAAGCUUCAGCUCCAGAGUUAUAUAACUUUGGAUCAUUGCUUCUGGAGCUUUGGAAAUUUGACAGGGAGGUACAUAAAAGUUUAACUGAAUUGAUUGACACAAAUUUUUAACUUCAGAAUCUGCACUGAUUCACACAGGAGACUCCAACGCUGCAGCAUUCAGAGCAGCUUUCAAGCAGUUUUGAAGAUCUGGAGCUUUUUGAAGCAGUCUGAAUGAGCUAUGUGGAGUCAUGCUGUAAUGCUGAUCAGGACCUGAAUGGCUGAAUCUGAAGCCCCUCUCAUCUCCCCUGACGUUGUGCGGUAGGAGUUAGGAAGCGCUCUGUAUGUCCAGCUGCACAAACGCUGCUGAAGCCCAAACCGCUGUUUGUCUGCGCUGUUCAGAUUCAGGAGCCUAGCCUAUAUUCUGGGCUCUGUUUUGUGCACUUGGGAGCAGAGAGCCAUUUGGGAUGGAGCCGCAGAGUCUGGUCUGGUGUGUGAUGAAUGAGUUUUAAUGUUGAUUUGUGUGUUUUAGAAAAACGUUGUUGUAGUUGUUUUGAUGUUUGUUACAGACGGUUCAGCAUUUUUUUGUUACUUGUAGGUAAGUGUACAUAUAUUUACCCACGAUUAUGAUGGAUUUUCAGAAUUUCUCAAGUUUUGGGCAGGAGGGUAACUUGCCCCUCACUUCCCUUUCCCAUUUUUAGAAAUGAUUAUAAUACUUAUAAAGGACUAUUUGCGGUAAUGAACUGUGUGCUCAGUGAAGACUCUGAUAUGUGAUUAUUGUUAAAGAGUUUUCAACAGAAAUGAGUCUUUUUCUCUUAAACGUCCCUUUGUGAUUCAAAGUUAGAUUUUUGUUUCUCCGGUUUAAAAGUUCCUGUAUGAGAUGGAUUUUUGUUUCUCCGGUUUAAAAGUUCCUGUAUGAGAUGGAUUUUUAUUUCUUUAGUUUAAAAGUCUCUGUAUGAGAUGGAUUUUUUUUUUUCAGUUUAAAAGUCCCUGGUUUUGUGGAAUUAUGGAUGCUGAUUGAUUUGUAAGAAAGCAGAAAAUCACAAAUUGGACUUUGACAAUCAUUUCAGGGGUGUUUGGCUUUCUGAACCACGGGCUGGACUGGCACCAGCACUGAAACGAUGGACAUUUUCCCUCCAGCUGCCCUGUUUACUGUCCAUCACUCUUGACACUACUGUUCUGCGCUACAUCCUCCGACCGUUCAGCUCAGACAAUCUUCAGCGGACAGUGUUUUUCCUCUGUGGUGGUGAUGAAGUGGACAGCGCUGAUGGUCUGUACAAAACUGAGAGUCACUAAAGCAGUUUUAAACUUUGUUUUCAUAGCUGCUGUGCAUGUUUUCGCUCUUUUGGCAUGUAGAGUUUUAUUCUGUCCGGUUCCCCCACCGCUCAGCCGCAGAAACAUUUGAAGUAGAUCAUUUGUAGUGAUGCAACAAAAGAAAUGUUUAAUAUAGAAAUGCUGCAAUUGAUGAGUUUAAUGUCCAUUUUAUUUGUUUUUAAUGUAAUUUUUUUGGUUUUUGUUUGGUUUUGUUUUUGUCAGGGGUUUCACGUUUUACUCUGAUAUAGAUGUACAUCUAAUCAAAAGCCAAAUAAACUCCAGUGAAGGACGGUGAAGGC